AUGACUAGCUGGGCCAGCCGCUUUUUCAAUGGUCUUAUCUUUUUUCUCCUGGUGAUGUCUUCAAAAGCCUCCUCUGCUCAUUUCCGUGUCUGUGAGCCUUAUACAGACAGUAAAGGGCGAUAUCACUUCGGGUUCCACUGCCCGCGCCUUUCAGACAACAAGUCGUACGUCCUGUGCUGCCACCAUAACAACACCGUCUUCAAAUACUGCUGCAAUGAGACGGAGUUCCACAGCGUCAUGCAGGUGAACCUCACUAUGGGCUCAGAUGGAUAUAUGCACAAUAACUACAGUGCCCUGGUUGGCGUCUGGGUGUAUGGAUUUUUCGUGGUGGUCCUGCUGGUCCUGGAUCUGAUGUAUUAUUCUGCAAUGAACUAUGAGUUUUGCAAGCUAUACCUGUCAAGGUUGGGGAUCCAAGCCAAAUGGAUGAGGCAAGGACAGAGGCGGUGGGACAAGACAACACAGGAGCCUUGCCAAGCACAGACUCAGAUGUCACAUGCUGUACACACAUUAAAAGGAGACACUGUUAGCCCAACAAUGAUGUCCUUUCAGACUUCAACAGCC